AAAGCGCCGGCGUAAAACAACUGCUGCUAGCUGCCUCGUGUUGUGACAGUUAACACUAUCGUUCUCCUCACCGUGUUGGAACGGAUCUUUGAUUUUCUGAUUCAGGGCUUUGGUUAUAGGAAUUUCCGACGCAAGUCACUCUAGGCCUAGUACCGAUCCGCUGCAUUCGUCAUAGAGCAGGGCAUUUGGGCAAACAUGAUCAUCUACACCAACACCGGCAACCCGUUUGGGCUGAAGUUGCUAAUUUGUGCAAAUUUGGCCAAAACCAACGUGGAAGUGAAGCAUGUUACACUCGGUGAUUCGGCUCUGGGAGACAUGAAGCAUCUUCCCAUACUGCAGCUGGACAGCGGAGUGCAGCUGUUUUCGACGGACGUGGCGGCUAAAUAUCUGCUGCCGGGCGAAGAUACGUCCAAGGUGGUGCAACGGGACGAGUGGCUCGAAUGGUCCUCGAAGCGGUUGGCACCGGCUUUAACCCACAACAUGGCUGUCGGUUCCCGUGCCGACCCUAAUACGAAACCGAUCCUCAACACGCUGGUGAAAAUGCUGGACGACUGUCUGAGCGGUAGUACGUUUUUGACGGGCGAUAAAAUUAGCAGUGCCGAUGUGGCCGUCUGGAGUCUGCUUGCCCCGGACGGUACGCUGAAAGGUGCGGUCAACAUCGACAAUCUGCUGCGCUGGUAUCGUCAGAUUUCCGCCCUGCCCGAGGUUCAAUCGGCGCUGGCCAUGCUGCCGUUGAAGGAUCUCAGCUUUGCCUCGCUGCAACACAGCAACCGGUACGGUGGAUUGCAUCAUAUCGUGCUCAAUCCGGAAAUUGCCGAUUUCGAAGGUGAACUGCUGGCCGACACGUCCGCAAACAUUGCCGAAACGGUGCAGCGGGACGAAAUCGAAGCGGCGCGGGCAGCAUUCGGCGAAGUGGACGAUCGUGCUGUGCGCGACGAGCCGAGGAUCGUGUUGCCAAAACCUGGCCAGAAGAAUAACCUCAUCACGUCCGCCCUGCCGUACGUGAACAACGUGCCCCAUCUGGGAAACAUUGUCGGCUGUGUCCUGUCGGCGGAUAUAUUUGCUCGCUACUCGCGACUCUGCGGAUACAACACGCUCUACAUCGGUGGUACGGAUGAGUACGGUACGGCGACGGAAACGAAGGCCCUCGCGGAGGGUCUGACGCCACGGCAGAUUUGCGACAAGUAUUUCGAUAUUCACAACUCGAUCUACCGGUGGUUCGGAAUCGGGUUCGAUUACUUUGGCCGCACAACGACCGCCGAGCAGACACGCAUCGUGCAGGAAAUUUUUAAGGACCUGUACGCCACCGGGUACAUCGAAACGCGCUCGGUGGAACAGUUGCUGUGUCAGAAGUGUGAACGCUAUCUAGCGGACCGGUUUGUGGAAGGAACCUGCCCCCAUCCGGGCUGCGGGUAUGAGGAUGCACGCGGCGAUCAGUGCGACGGUUGCGGUAAGCUGGUAAACGCGAUCGAGCUGCUCCGGCCACGCUGCAAGAUGUGCAACUCUUCGCCCGUGAUUCGCGACUCGAACCAAUUCUUUCUCGAUCUGCCAAAGAUCGAGCCGACGCUGCGGGAAUGGGUGGAUCGCUCCGAGCCCGGGUGGACACACAAUGCGCGCGUGAUUACACGGGCCUGGCUGAAGGAAGGGCUCAAGUCGCGGUGCAUUACGCGAGAUCUCAAGUGGGGCAUUCCGGUGCCGCUCGAGGGCUACGAAAACAAGGUGUUUUACGUGUGGUUUGACGCGCCGAUCGGAUACAUUUCCAUCACCAGCCGGUACUGCAAGGAGUGGAAGCAGUGGUGGCAACCGGACACAUCCAAGUCCGGCGUCAAGGUUGAUCUGUACCAGUUCAUGGCGAAGGACAACGUGCCGUUCCAUUCGGUCAUGUUUCCGGCCUCGUUGCUGGCAGCGGACAAGGGCUACACGCUCGUGUCCCACAUUAUGGCCACCGAGUAUCUCAAUUACGAGGAUGGCAAGUUUAGCAAGAGCCGGGGCAUAGGUGUGUUCGGUAACGAUGCGCAAGACACGGGCAUUCCGGCCGAUGUGUGGCGAUUCUAUCUCGGCGCCGCCCGGCCGGAGGGUCAGGAUUCUUCCUUCAGCUGGAGCGAUCUGCAGGCACGCAACAACAGCGAGCUGCUUAAGAACUUGGGCAACUUUUUCAACCGGGCGCUCGUGUUUUGCGAGAAAUUCUUCGACUCCACCGUACCGGCGAUGACACUGACCGAGGAGGACUACACGCUGCUGGCGCUGAUCAAUCGCGAGCUGAAGGGAUACGUGAACCAGAUGGAGAAGGCUCGCAUGCGCGAUGGAAUCCGGCACCUGCUGCAAAUUUCGCGCUACGGCAACCAGCUGAUGCAGUCGGAGGAACCGUGGGUGAAGGUGAAGGGAACGGAUGAUCAGAAGGCACGUGCUGGCACGGUGAUUGGCCUGUGCUGUAAUUUUGCAUGCUUGCUGGCGACGCUUAUAUUCCCGUUCAUGCCCACGACGGCGCGGAACAUGUACAGUCAACUGAACGUUCGUGGUGGAUUCAUCAACUCAGACAAACCAUUCAUUCGGACGCUUCUACCGACGGGCCAUCGUAUUGGCAAACCGACCGUGCUGUUCAUCAAAAUCGAAGACUCGAAGAUCGAGGAGCUGAAACAGAAGUAUGGUGGACAGCAGCAGCAGCAGGCGGUAAAACCCAAAGCUGCCACUCCUGUGUCGACAUCCGUACCGCCGCCAACAGGCAGCUUCAGCUCGCUAAAGGACGCACAAAAGGCGGUCGACGAGCAAGCUGCCAAGGUGCGCAAGAUCAAGUCGAGCGGAGCCGAUCGGACGGUUUGGCAGCCGGAGGUUAACAUUUUGCUCGAGCUCAAGAAGCAACUGCAAUCGCUCAGUCAGCCCCGCACGUCCGAGAGUGCUCCUGCAGCACCGGGAGAAAAAGCAGCCAACAGUACUGCCGCCAAACCUGCGCCGCCGAAUGCAGCCACCACCGCUGUGCCAGCGGAUAUAAAAGCGCUCGAAGAGGAAAUCGCUCAGCAAGGCAGUAAGGUGCGCAAGCUGAAGGAGUCCAGCACGGAUAAGUCCGUGUGGCAGCCGGAGGUAUCGCUGUUGCUUUCGCUGAAGCAAAAGCUGGCCAGUCUGACCGGUAUACCAGUGGCUGGUCCUGCUGCGAGCAGCGGAAAAAAGAAGGGCAAUAAGAAGUAAAAACGCCUCCGGCCCCUCUUUUCUAGAUGGAAGUACCCAGGGAAGACAACGUACAGUUUGUGCAUGGAUCAUUACUAAAAGUUUGGCAAUAAACGUUAUUUGAUAUAGCAAACCAUA